UUAAAAAUGGUGAAUAACCCGACUGACGUUGGACAACAAAGAUGGCUGCAGGAACCAGCAAUUACUGGGAAGAUCUCAGGAAACAAGCUCGACAGCUGGAAAAUGAACUUGACCUGAAACUAGUUUCCUUCAGUAAACUAUGUACAAGUUACAGUCAUAGCAGUGCCCGAGAUGGAAGACGCGACAGCUCUGACACAACACCCCUUUUAAAUGGAUCAAGCCAAGACAGAAUGUUUGAAACAAUGGCAAUUGAGAUUGAACAGCUUUUGGCAAGGCUUACAGGAGUAAAUGAUAAAAUGGCAGAAUAUACCAACAGUGCAGGUGUCCCAUCUUUGAAUGCAGCACUGAUGCAUACAUUACAGAGACAUAGAGAUAUAUUGCAGGAUUAUACACAUGAAUUCCAUAAAACCAAAGCAAACUUCGUGGCAAUACGGGAAAGGGAGAAUCUCAUGGGAUCAGUACGAAAGGAUAUUGAGUCAUAUAAAAGUGGGUCUGGAGUAAACAACAGAAGAACUGAACUAUUUUUGAAAGAACAUGACCACCUUCGAAACUCAGAUCGUCUGAUAGAAGAGACAAUAAGCAUUGCUAUGGCAACAAAAGAAAAUAUGACUUCCCAGAGAGGAAUGUUGAAGUCGAUUCAGAGCAAAAUGAAUACUUUGGCCAAUCAUUUUCCUGCUGUGAACAGCCUGAUCCAGCGGAUCAAUCUGAGGAAGCGGCGAGACUCCCUCAUCCUGGGCGGUGUCAUUGGCGUCUGUACCAUCCUGUUGCUGCUGUAUGCUUUCCAUUGAUGGAACAUCUCCGGGGACUCUGGACAGCCACCACUUUCCCACCCUGAUCUGGAAUAAGGAAAAGUAGGAAGGAGAAGUUGAUUGUCCUGAUGAUUAGCCUCACCAACAGGAUUAAUUCACGACUGAUAGCCCUGGACUCUGUCACGUGGUCAGAUUGAGCUGAAGCCACAGUUUUUCUGUGCUCUCUUUUCUAACACACAUUUCCUUCUGUUUUUAGUUUAAAAAAAAAAAGUUUUCAGUUGCUUUUGUCCUCCCAGGAGGUAAGUAAACCAAUCAGAAACAGAGUUUCUGUGCUUCAGUAAUUGUGUUGAAGGCUGAUGACAAGCCAGGUCUUAGAGCUGGACUCCUCAGAAAACCAGGUUUCUCUGUAUCCAAAGACUGCUUUCCUUUUAGCCCCCAGAUUGGGUUGUGAAUAAAAAUAGUUCUUGUCCUUUUAUUUUACACUCAUGAUGAGAAAUCACAAGUCAUUUCUUGAUAAGCUGUGCUAUAAAUUUCUACUCUGCAUCCCUGUUUUGGUAUUCAAGGAAAAUUACAUUUUUCACAGAUUCUUUGAGAUGCCAACAGGUCAA